UCUCCCUAUCCGACAUUCCUUUUUCCACGGAGGAGACGAUAUCCGCCGCCUGACACUAUUUCGGUGGUGGUCGUCAUAAUAAUGCGGCAUAAUAAUGGUCUAUAUCACGCAACGUUCUACUUCUUUACUAUUAUUAUUUUUUUUUCGUUCUCACCUGUAAACUGUCAGUUUUUGGAAAUAUUUGGUUUGUCUACUGGAGAUGCGGGAACUCAUGAUAGGGGUCCGUUUCAGGAUCUGGCUACUCAAUCGGUCGGUCUCAUGAAAUACCUGCAAACAGUGCAGAAGAAUCCAGACAACACUCUAGCCAAAAAAUUGAAAAACCCAUUACCUUCUAUGAAUUUGGUAGAUGGAAUGCCUGUUGUGCCAGGUCUUUUGGGAAGUUUACCAGGAGCCGGAUCGUGUUUGCCACGUGGAUCACCGCUUAUUAAGGACAAGUCACCAAGCUUCUUCCAAAAUAUCUUGCGCAACAUACCGGGCGCUCAGGAUUAUCUGGCCAGUUUAUUGCCCGCGCCAAAAGUCGACGUCAGGGCUUUGUAUGGCAAGUUCCAGUGGGCUCUGGACACUCCAUCUGUUCAUAAUCGGUAUUGCGCUACAACUGAGUUCAUGCCCCAAGCAGAAUCGGGAAAUUCGUCAGCUUUCAGUUUGCAGGAAAAGUUCAGAGCAGGAAGUGUAGAUGCGGGGGAGAAAGUUGCAUUUGGAUACGGAAUAAUUCAUCACGAGAGAACAUAUGUCUAUAUGCAGGAUGAUCCGUGUCCAUAUCAAAUUGUAGUAGUUGGCCCAAUAAAUAAGCAACACAACCAGUAUGAAUACCUAAUUCUCUCAAAUUGGGCUCGUUUCCCAAUGAUUGGUUUAGUUCGAGAUUUGAGAAAGUUCUAUAAAGAGUACAAGGAUCAAGUGGAGACCGAUUUGGAAAAAGCCGGAUUCAUGGAUGAUGUCACAGGAAGCAACCCUAUUCAUUACGCCGACUGGUCACAGUGCAAAAAAGCAACUCCAUACAAUUAUCUUACAAAUGUUCUCACUGAUCUUUUUGGGUAAAUUAUCAAUCAUACUUCAACACUUUCAUUUAAGUACUAACGUAAUUUAUUUUCCAUUUUAUUGUUUUUAUUGAAUAAAACAAUUUUCAAAAA